GGUGAAAUGGAUAAAGAAAAGUUUGACUGCAAAAGGAAUGAAACUAUCUGCAUAGAACGGAUAAGCAUUUCCACAAGGCAGAAUGACUUUGUUUGUGCCCAUGUCAAAGAUGUCACACCAAACAGGAAAUGCAACAAAAUAUUUGUAGAAAACUACAUAUCCAGCAAAUGUCAAGGAAUGAAAGGAAAAUGCAUCCUGUUUAAUCGUUAUACAGAAAUUUCAGAGCAUUGCAAAGCUGCUUUUCAAUACGUUCACUUUGAAUAUAAUUGUGUACCUUCGCGACAACAUUGCCCGACUUUAUCAACGCACAAACAAAAAGUAGGUUCAAGAAAGUCCUCACCUUUUAAACUAACAAAACCAUCACACAAAGCAAUCAAGUCUUCGACAAGAAUUCCACCAGAGAACAACAACACUGUUGCACUAAAGACAACGUUCGAAAAACACGUGGUAGCUUCACGUGUGGCAUCGACGUCAACAACUCUCGAGUUUCCCGCCACAACAAACCUGACCGCGCACAGACCUGGUACGACUUUAAAUAAAACGCAAAUUUCAUCGAUCGCAAUAAGUUUCACAACUGAAGGUCCUUUAAACCAAACAACGCAGAAGCAGAAUAACGUUAGCACAACACGUUUUUUUUUAGCCACAAAGCGCAAGAUACGUUUUAAGCUUUGCAUUAAGAGAAAUAUAAACACGAAAGGAGGAACGACUUUUGCCCGUACAAGAUGCAACCGAUGCACAAUAUUCUCGCCCAGUGCAAAAACAACUGAACGUGUUUUACAUAGCUCUGAGUAUGAAAUAAAGAAUGCCGGAAAUUUUUAUGUGAGAAAAUUCAGUCUGCCUUUAUGUGUAUCGUUGAUAUUUCUAGCUUAUCUUACUAUUAAAUGAACAAAAUGAAGAAACAUCAACAUUUCAUUUCGGCAAUAUUGUGAUGAUCAAUUGGAAAGAGUUGAAAGUCAAAAAUAAUAGUAAAUUUUAGAACUUUAUCAUUGUUAA